CCUCCAUCUUCUGGUCCGCCCUCGUACACUUAUCAGCUAUGCUCCCUCUCAUCCCGCUCGGACUCGUGCUCGCCGUGCUCGACGUCGUGUGCGCCAUCCACGUCCCGAUACACGUUACGCGCAAACCCGGGGCGGCGAGCCCAAGGAAACGAGCGCGGACGCUGGAGGGACGAGCCAGCGUGGCGGUCAACGACGUGCGCGAUGUGGAAUACACGGGUAACAUCACUCUUGGAGGGACGGCAAAGACGGUGCUGCUGGACACGGGCAGUGCCGAUCUGUGGGUGGUAGGAAGCGUACCGGGAACGAAGGACUUGGGGAAGAGCGCGACGAUCAGCUACGCCAUUGGGUCUGCGAGCGGCGAUAUCAACGCCGCAUCUUUCCAGUUUGAUAACUUUACCGUUGACGAUCAGGCAUACAUCCUCGUACAAGACGCGUCCAAUAUCGGCCUUAACGACGGCAUCCAGGGCCUCAUGGGCCUCGGGCCCAACUCCAACUCCGUCGUCGCCAGCAAAUUCAAAAACCUGACCGGCGCUUCCCCACUCUCGCGGAUCUUCUCCCAAAACAAGACCUCGUCGAACUACAUCUCUCUCCUCCUCACGCGCGAGAACAACACCGGGGACGCCUUCACCUCCGGGCAGCUCACGAUCUCGUCCCCAGUGCCGGGUUACGAGAACAUCACGUCGCAGCCGAAGCUGUCCGUGGACAAAGUCAAGCUCUCCGCCGACCAGCACUUCCAGGUGCUCACGGACUCGAACGGCAUCAUCGGUCCCGACGGGAACGCGCUCGACGUCUCGUCGAUCGUGCCCGGCGUACACGACGGCAAGCUUGUUGCCGUAUUCGACUCCGGGUUCUCGCUCCCUCAAGUGCCGCGCAAGGUAUCGGACGCGAUCUACGGCCGCGUGCAAGGGGCCAAGUACGACACCGACAAUGAGUGGUGGACGAUCCCUUGCGACCAGUACCUAAACAUCUCCUUCAAGUUCGGUGGCGUCACCUACCCCAUCCACCCGCUCGACCUCAACUCGGAUUCGUCCGACCUCCGCGCCGGUGCCACCAACUGCGUCGGACCCUUCCAACCGAUCGGCUCCGGCGCGUUCUCCAUCAUCGGCGACUACGACAUGAUCCUCGGCAUGGGCUUCCUCCGCAACACCUACUCCCUCUUCGACUUCGGCGACUUCGUCUCCACCUCCUCCAACGACCGCUCGGACCCCUUCGUCCAGCUCCUCCCCAUCACCGACCCGUCCACCGCCAAAGCCGACUUCGUCCGCGUCCGCCUCGGCGGCACCGACACGACCUCCUCCUCCUCCAAAACCCUCCUCCCCGCCUCGCAGCAGUCGCACUCGCCGCUCGCCCCCGGCGAGCGCUCGGCCCAGCUCAAGGAGCGCAUCCUCUCGCACUGGUACCUCAUCCUCAUCGGCGCGAUCGCCAUCGUCGCCCUCGCGCUCGGCUGCGGCGUCUGGUGCUGCUGCUGCCGCGGACGCCGGCGCGGCGGCGCGCGCGCGGUCGGUUUCCGGGGCGUGAGCGUCCUCCCCGGCGCGCGCGGCGCGUACAAGCCGCUGCACGACCCCGCGACCGGAGCGAUGCACAUGGCGCCCAUGGGCGUCUCCGGGCGCGUCUGAGAUAAAAAUGAUAUUGCUCCGUGUCUGCACCCCCCCCCC